UAAGUCUACGGACCAACACAGUGUUCAUCACAUUACAGCGAUAUUUUAACGGUGUUGACAGAGAUUAAUUUGUCAUCAUUUUUUAAGUUAGCACAAAGCUAACAUCAGCGUUACCUUGCUCUAACCAUGUCUGCUUCGACUGGAUGCUCCCCAUCGGGCCAGCACUCGGGCCUUGUCCCCAGUAUGUCCAUGUUUCGAUGGCUAGAAGUGCUGGAGAAGGAAUUUGAUAAGGCUUUCGUGGAUGUGGAUCUGUUGCUUGGAGAAAUAGAUCCAGAUCAAGUGGAUAUAACGUAUGAGGGUCGGCAGAAGAUGACCAGCCUCAGCUCUUGUUUCGCUCAGCUCUGUCAUAAAACUCAGACUGUCUUCCAGCUCAACCAUAAACUAGAGGCUCAGCUGGUAGACUUGCGCUCAGAGUUGACCGAAGCUAAAGCUGCACGGGUGGUGGCAGAAAGGGAGGUCCAUGACUUGCUCCUGCAGCUUCAUGCUCUCCAACUGCAGCUUCAUGUCAAGCAAGGCCAAGCUGAGGAGUCGGAUAGCAUCAAAGAUAAACUGGAACAGGAGCUCGAGGCCAGUAAGAAGGAGAAAUUAGCAGAGGCAAAAAUGGAGGCAGAAACCAGACUAUAUAAGAAAGAAAACGAGGCCCUUCGCAGGCACAUGGCAGUACUGCAGGCCGAAGUCUAUGGUGCCAGACUGGCUGCUAAAUACUUGGACAAGGAACUGGCUGGCAGGGUGCAGCAGAUACAGUUACUGGGUCGUGACAUGAAAGGGCCAGCACAUGACAAGCUCUGGAAUCAACUGGAGGCAGAAAUUCACCUUCACCGCCAUAAAACUGUGAUCCGAGCAUGUAGAGGUCGAAGUGACCCAAAGAGACCUCUUCCCUCUCCUGUGGGACAUGAUCCAGACAUGCUGAAGAAAACCCAGGGAGUUGGCCCUAUCCGAAAGGUUGUGCUGGUCAAAGAGGAUCAUGAGGGUCUAGGAAUUUCCAUUACAGGUGGGAAGGAGCACGGCGUUCCCAUUUUAAUUUCAGAGAUCCAUCCCAGUCAGCCCGCAGACAGAUGUGGAGGGCUGCAUGUUGGAGAUGCCAUCCUUGCUGUCAACAGCAUCAAUUUGCGAGAUGCCAAACAUAAGGAAGCUGUCACCAUUCUCUCUCAGCAGCGAGGACAGAUAGAGUUCGAGGUCGUGUAUGUGGCUCCUGAAGUGGACAGCGAUGAUGAGAAUGUGGAGUACGAGGAUGACAGCGGCCAUCGCUACAGACUCUACCUAGAUGAACUGGAUGACAGCAUCACAGCACCACCUAACAACCGUUCAGCAUCACUUCAAGCACUGGAGAAGUUAUCACUGAGCAAUGGAGCAGAGUCUGGAGAUACUGGGAUGUCCAGUGAGACACCUUCAGGGGAAACUCCUUCAAAGCCACCAGAAACUGACUGCUCUUCCUAGAAGCUGCUGGAAUGUGGAAAGGAAAAGAACUGAAAUGAAAUUCAGUGACAAUCCUGUGAAAAGGGGAACAUCUGUUUUCCCUUUUCUCCUUGGAGUGAUGUAAUUUUCUGGUCAUGCAACAAUGAUUUUUGGGUUUUAAAGUCCAUAUUCUUAAAGUGGAGGUAUGUGCAGAAGGGAGUGAUGCUGGACUCUGAUAAACUUGGUGAUAUACAGGAUAAUAAUGCAGGUGAUGGAUGUCACCAAGUUAUCGUGGAGGUGUUUAGUGGAGACACUUGUUUUGCUUUACUUUGUAUAGUUACUCCUCAAAGAAUCUGUUACCAAACUUCUCAGAUCUAAUCCGUUCAUGUUCAUCCAAAUGAGAUGUUAAAGAAUAACUUUAUAUACGAUUAUCCCACCCGAAUAUUUUAACACGACUAUGUUACAAAAAUAACACUUUGUAAUUGAAUACAAUUCUUUGGGUUCCCUGUUGAUUUGUCUAUCGCUGUUCUUUAUAUUUCAUUAUUGCUUCUGUUGUGCCACAUGUACUUUAUAAGGUGUUCCUCACAAUGUAAUAAAAUACAACAAACUUGCAAA